AUGAUGUCCGGACUACCUACCAGGAUGAAAAGCUACUCUGACUAUGCCGGAGUUUCUAUCCCUUUAUGCGGUGACUUCGAACAAGCGGGAACAUCAAAAUCUACGGCUCCUUGGUCAAAGAGUUCUCAAAUAUCACCAACAACGUUGUCCUUGGAGAUUAAACAUUUCCUGGAGUAUAUGACUCCCUCCGAUCGGGAGAUUGCCAUCCGUCAAGAUGUCAUUAGUCGUUUCACCACUCUCAUUGAAUCGAUAAACGAUACGGUCACAACGUAUGUCGAUGUCAAGAGCCUCUAUCCCAAGAUACUUCGCUCUGGUUUUGCCAGCAGAGUGGAGACUGUCUUCCUUGCAUCCAUACCCGUAAUCAAAGUUACUGAUAAGCUCACUGGGAUUGAGAUAGACCUUUCGGAUGGAGGUUCACGAGGGAUUAAUGCGACCAAUGCAGUUUUGAAAUGGAUGAAGAAAGAUGAAGAAAUUGUGAAGAUGUUGUUUUUCGUCGUCAAAACAUUCCUGAUGGUUAGAAGAUGUGGGUCGACGUAUACAGGAGGAAUCAACUCCUACGUUUUAGUAUGGAUGAUCGUUGCCUGGGUCAAUCUUGAAUGGCCAAAAAUCAAGGGAAAGCAAACACCACAUAAGGCGGAUGAUGAAGACCAUCUCUCGUCGAUUAUGUCAUCAUUCGGAAAUCUCUCAAUAUACGCGAAUACGUAUCCUACCGAUCGUACAUCUAUAUCCCCCUCCUAUACAGGGCACUCUCUCCAGUCAUACUAUGGAGAGGCAUUGAAGGGAUUCCUUUCAUUUUAUGGACAUCAUUUCGACUAUCACUCGUGUGCCAUUAUUAUCGAGCCAAAACCUUUUUAUACAACGAAGACGUCUGUGUACUCGAAGUACAACACUCAACGAUACCUACUCUGUAUCGUCGAUCCUGCCGAUGCCUCUGUUGACAUGGGUUCUAAAGCCUAUGGUAUCAACCACGUAAAGGCAUCUUUCCAAGAUGCUUAUUCGGUCAUCAGUAAAUCGGGCCAUUCAAAUGGAUCUUUGACCGUUAUGCUAGGUGGAGAGUUUACGACGUUUGUAAAGAAGAGGCAAGAGAUAGCUAAAUGUGCCGACAGACUUGCGGUGCUGGACCCCUCAUAG